AUAGGGCUGCAGGCAGCUAAUGCUUCUCAGUGUCAGCCUUAAACAAGUGAAUACAAAUAAUCUGCAGUCUGAAGAUCCACUUCACAACACUUUUGAUAUACUGCGGAAGAAAGAAGAAAGGAAUCACUCACUUUUGCGUUUGAGAGGACUUGCACAGGCUGCAAAAAUGAUUUUCGACAAGUUGAAAAAGUUUGACAUAGUCUUCGACUCUCCGGAGGUAAACUGUCCUCCGGUGUUCAGCAGCGGGGACGUGGUGUCCGGUCGGGUGGUGGUGGACCUAUCCGGGGAGAUUCGUGUGGAAUCCCUGAAGCUCCAUGCCGAGGGGUUCGCUAAAGUUCACUGGACCGAGUCCCGGUCUGCCGGCUCCAGCACCGCAUACACCCAGAACUACAGCGACGAGGUGGAGUACCUGAACCGGAGAGAGGUGCUGCUGCAGGCAGAUAAUGGUGAAGAGACCAUCCUUCCUGCCGGCAGACAUGAAUUUCCAUUCAAUUUCCAGCUGCCCGAGGAGACGCUGGUCACCUCCUUCGAGGGGAAACACGGCAGCAUCCGUUACUGGGUCAAAGUUAAGCUACACAGGCCGUGGGCCAUCGUCAGGAAGAUCAAGAAGGAGUUUACAGUCAUCGAGCCCAUCGACAUCAACACGCCGGCCUUUCUGGAGCCACAGGCUGGAACGAUGGACAAGAUGGCACGGGCAUGGUACCACAACUUUGGACAGGUGUCUGUAACUGCAAAGAUCGAUCGCAAAGGCUACACACCAGGUGAGGUGAUACCUGUCUUUGCGGAGUUCGACAACUGUACCUCCAGAUCAGUUGUGCCCAAAGCCUACAUCACUCAGACACAGACGUUCAUCGCCCGCGGCACCAUGAAGCAGAAGCGCGCGGUGGUGGGCACACUGUCCGGUGAUAUUGUGGGGGCCAGAUGCAGGGAGACGUGGCACGGUCGCGCCAUCAAGAUCCCACCUGUGGGUCCCUCCAUCCUGCAGUGCCGCAUCAUCAAAGUGGAGUACAUGCUCAAGAUUUGUGUUGAUGUUCCUGGGACAUCCAAGCUGUGCCUUGAGCUACCGCUGGUCAUAGGCACCAUCCCCCUCCAUCCCUUCGGCAGCCGGACCUCCAGUGUCAGCAGCCAGUACAGCGUCAACCUGGAGUGGCUGCGCAUGGCCAUCCCCGAGCAGCCUGAGCCCCCUCCUGAUUACAGCUCUGUGGUGACAGAGGAAGAGGCCGAGCAGCGCAACAAUGCGGUCCCACAACCUGCCGAAGACCUGAGUGGGAUCCUGGCGCGGCCCCUCAUGGCUUUUGUCCAAGAGUUUCGCUUCCGGCCUCCGCCGGUGUACUGCGAGGUUGACCCCAACCCUCAGCCCUUGAACAUGAGACCUCGCUGCAUGACGUGUUGAACCAUGAACCCUGACUGAGCGUCAAGCAACUUUAACUUAAAGAAACAAAUCAAGAGAUUUGUCUUCUCCUGGAUUACUUCUCUCCGAUAAAUGACACCUGGUCCCAUUGAGUGUCGUGGAGAGGGACUGGAGCGCCACGAAGAGUUCAGGAGACGGAGCUCACAGGAACUGGAUGUGAGUAGAGAAGCUGCCACGUCGUUUCCAGUCCAUUAAGAAAAGUGGACACCUUCCUGUUCUGUUACGAGGAAAGUAACGUCUCCACAUCAAUUCCUGUCCUCCACAAGUGAUUUUUGGCUCCUUUUUUUUAUGAAGCAAGCUACAAUUGUCCUCCCAAUCAAUGAUUCCCUCAUGUGAAGCAAAUUUUGAGAUUUAAGGAGUUUGGGACAUAUGGGGAUCACUUGAUAUUUGUCAGGUGGAGAGUUGGAGUUGCACCUGAUGUUUGAAAAAGCACUCUUGAUGAGUUGACAAUGUUGUCAUCUUUGAGUGGCGUAAAGAAAGAAGUGCAAUCUUUACUUUCCAGCUCUCCUUGUCCUGGCAAACGCAUGCUAUGCAUUAUGUGACCCUUCAGCAGUGUGCCUGUGAUGCUUUCUGCUGUUACUUAUACUGUAUCUGAAGGUGUGAUGGUGGAGCAGACAAGUAAGCAGAUGUAAAUGUAUUUUAUGCAUGCAGGUCACAAUAUGUAAAAGGGAAAAAAAUAUAUGCCUUAAUAAUCUGCUGUUGAAGAUUGCAUGAGAGUUUCAGGGAGUUCUUCUCUCAAAAUGGUUGGAUUGUAUGUGGAUGAAUUCCAAGAGAGGUGUUGUGUUAAUGCAAGGCUUAAGGCACUGAAGUGUCCGAUAGCUGCGGUUGUUGAUUUUUAGCACUGAUAAAAUAGCAGGAGCAGUUUGUGUAUAAAACUGGACUCGUAUAUUCGCUCUCCCAGCUGCUAAAGAAAAGGAGGAGGAGGAGAUGGAGACCUCUGAGCCACGUGGUCUGAAGCUUUUGAUGGGAGCCAGAUGCCUCUGUGCUGUGGGGCGCUUUGUGACGCUCAACCAGAACCCAGUGCUCAGCGUGUAAGUCGAGCCUUAAGCUAGAGAUGCCACUGAAAUGUAAGGACAAAGAACAUUCCAAAAACUGACUUGAGGAUUAUGGUUUUUUUUUUUCCUCAACUUCCAGAAGAAAACUGUUAAAGUAUGAACGAAGUCUUCAGGGUCAGCGGUGCGACUUCGGUGGCACGCACUGUUAAAAACGAAUAUAUAUUUUUAUACAAAUUGUUAAUUCACAAUCUUGCCAAAGUUUUGUAAUUGUUUUUUCUAAUAAAAGAUUCAAAUUA